AUGAGCGUCGUGUACCUGUUGCCGAUGUGCUCGGGAAUCACGGCGGGCAUCGUCGCGGAGACGCAAUAUCCGGGCGGGCGUGCGGCGAAGGAUAUUAUAAAGGUAAAUCCCCAAUUCCUAACACUUCACGAGCCGACCUCCUACAACACUGCCUUCAUCAUGGAUUUCAAAAAACCGUGGAGUCUAAUAAGCGGCGCCAUGCUUCUCGUCAAGUUCAACUUCCAUACUGCUCUGAUAAUUAUCCCAUGCGUAUCCAUGUCCGUUCAAAUAUCCUCCAAAUUGAUUUCUAUUCGACAAGCCGAAAACAUCCGGCACUUUUUGACGGACGUGGCUUGUAUCGGGAUGGCAUGCCAGAGCACAGCCUGCAUCAGUUCGGCUAUUUUCCUGAACCCUGGCUCGCGGAAUUACGUCAAUGCGGCCUGGCAGCGGAUCGUGAAGCGGAAAGUCGUGGAAAAGGCGCCGAGAAUCGUGACGAUCACCGAAUUCGGCAGUCCGCAUCGAGAUACCCCGGAUCUGGCGGUGCACCAUCAU